AUGGGGACCUACCUUGGUAUUCCGGAAGACAUAAGUGGGUCCAAGAGCAAACUCUUUGCGUUUCUUAAGGAUAAGCUAAUGCAUAGAGUGAAUGGUUGGACAGGCAUGUGGCUAUCAAAAGGAGACAAGGAAGUACUGAUUAAAUCUAUUUUGCUAGCGCUCCCAACUUAUGUAAUGUCUUCUUUCCUUCUCCCCUUGGAGAUAUGCGAAAACCUAGCACGGGCUAUUGCUCAAUUUUGGUGGAGUUCAAAUCCACCGAAACGUGGAAUGCACUGGGCGAAAUGGGAAAGAGCAUGUCUACCAAGAGAGGAGGGUGGGAUUGGCUUUCGUUUGAUCCAUGAGUUUAAUCUGGCCCUUUUGGCGAAACAGCUAUGGAGGCUUAUCCAGUUCCCUGACUCUUUGGUUGCCCGGGUAUUGAGGGGAAGAUAUAUAGACUAA